GUAGUUUAGGCUACAGUAUCGUUGUGCUGCCUGUGUUUGUGGCUAGGCUUCUUGGUGAACCCCCAAACAGCCCGCAAAGAACUCGAACUUUUUGACAACAGCCGGGCCUGUAGAACUAUCCACCGGCUACUUUGAACGUGUCCCAAUAUUGCAACUUUUCUUAUAUAAUUCUUUGCUCUGAGACAGCUCGCCGAAAGACAAGUUUGCCGCACGGUUUGCCGCGCUUCUUCAAGGAGCGCGUGCAGCGGUCAUGGCUGACUCUCAGGCCAAGCGCUAUGCUGGAGGAGGUCACUACGAGGGAGGCCCGCCUGCCAAGCGGCAGGCGACGGGCCCCGACCCAGACGACAUGGACUUUAUCGAGGACGACCCCAGCGGCCCCCCUGAGCCGCUGGAGGACGUGGAGCUGGGCGAGGCGGGCCGCAACUGGGUGCGCCCGCCCGUUGCCGACUUUGACCCCGCCAGCACGGCCAUAGUGUUCCAGCAGCUGGAGGUGGACUACUACCUGGCUGAGCCGCGGGCGGGCGUGGACACGGUGCCAGUGGAGGUGAAGCAGGUGCCGGUGCUGCGCCUGUUCGGCGUGAACGCCGCCGGCAACAGCGUGUGCGCGCUGGUGCACGGCUUCGAGCCCUACUUCCUCAUAGAGCGGCGACCGCACUGGGGCGCAGACCACAUCCAGGCGCUGGGCUUAGCGCUCAAUCAAGAGCUGUUGGGCAAAGCAAAGGGCGUGGGCGGCCCGGCGGUGACGCGCAUUGAGCCCGCGGAGCGCCGCUCCAUCUGGAACUUCCAGCCGCCCGGCACCUCCACCGCCUUCCUCAAGAUCGUGGUGUCGGUGCCCAACCUGGUGGCGCCCGCGAGAGGCCUGCUGGAGGGCGGCAUGAGCCUGUCGGCCGUGAACGACUUUGUCAAGUGCACCACAUACGAGAGCAACGUGCUGUUCACGCUGCGCUUCAUGGUGGACUGCAAGGUUGUGGGCGGCAACUGGGUGGAGCUGCCGGCAGGUGCCUACCAGCUGGAGACCGCGCGGCCCAUGACGCACUGCCAGAUUGAGGCGCACAUACGCUACGACAAACUCAUCUCGCACGCGCCGGAUGGCGAGUACUCGAGUGUGGCGCCGCUGCGCAUUAUGUCCAUCGACAUUGAGUGCUGCGGCCGCAAGGGCUGCUUCCCGGAGGCCAAGAUUGACCCCGUCAUCCAGAUCGCCAGCAUGGUGUCGGUGAGCGGCAAGAUGGACGGCCCCGUGGUGAAGAACAUCAUGACGUUGGGCAGCUGCGCGUCUAUCGUGGGCGCCGAGGUCAUGUCCUUCAACGACGAGGCGGAAAUGCUGCUGCGCUGGCGUGACCUGCUGGUCGAGUCGGACCCCGACAUCAUCAUCGGCUACAACAUCCUCAAUUUCGACCUGCCGUACCUGUACGAGCGGGCGGACGCGCUCAAGAUUGGGAAGAAGUUCCAGGUCUGGGGUCGCGUGCGCGGCAGCCACACCCGCAUGCGGGACGGCCAGUUCAGCAGCAAGGCGUACGGCACGCACGAGUACAAGGACAUCACCAUUGAGGGCCGCGUGCAGUUCGACCUGCUCACCGCCAUCCAACGCGACCACAAGCUGUCCUCCUACUCCCUCAACUCCGUGUCCGCACACUUCCUGGGCGAGCAGAAGGAGGACGUGCACCACAGCGCCAUCGCGGACCUGCAGGCCGGCAACGAGGAGACGCGCCGCCGCCUGGCCGUGUACUGCCUCAAGGACGCCUACCUGCCCCAGCGCCUCCUGGACAAGCUCAUGUACACCUACAACUACAUCGAGAUGGCGCGUGUGACGGGCGUGCCGCUGUCCUACCUGCUCACGCGCGGCCAGUCCAUCAAGGUGUUCAGCCAGCUGCUGCGCAAGGCCGCCGCCAAGGGCUUCGUCAUCCCCAACAUCAAGGUGCAGGGCCCCGUGGCCGGCGCCGACGGCGUGGGCUACGAGGGAGCCACGGUGCUGGACCCCAAGAUCGGCUUUUACGAUCGCCCGGUGGCGACGCUGGAUUUCGCCUCGCUGUACCCGUCCAUCAUGAUGGCGCACAACCUCUGCUACACCACCCUGCUCACGAAGGACCAGCUCAACAUCGUGCCGCCGGAGGACCGCGAGCAGAGCCCCAGCGGCGACUGGUUCGUGCGCAACAGCCGGCAACGCGGCCUGCUGCCAGAGAUUCUGGAGGAGCUGCUGGCUGCACGCAAGAGGGCCAAGAACGACCUGAAGGCGGAGAAGGACCCCUUCAAGCGCGCCGUGCUGGACGGCCGCCAGCUGGCGCUCAAGGUGUCGGCCAACUCGGUGUACGGCUUCACGGGCGCCACGGUGGGCAAGAUGCCGUGCCUGGCCAUCUCCGCCUCUACCACCUCGUACGGCCGCGAGAUGAUCAUGACGACGCGGCAGCUGGUGCAGGAGCACUAUACGCGCGCCAACGGGUACGAGACGGACUGCGAAGUUAUCUACGGAGACACGGACUCGGUGAUGGUCAACUUCAAGGUGGCGGACGUGGCUCGCGCCAUGGAGCUGGGCCGCGAGGCGGCGGCGGUGGUGUCCAAGGCCUUCCCGCCGCCCGUGAAGCUGGAGUUUGAGAAGGUCUACUACCCCUACCUGCUCAUGAACAAGAAGCGCUACGCGGGGCUGCUGUGGACGCGGCCCGAGACGCACGACAAGAUGGACAGCAAGGGUAUUGAGACGGUGCGGCGCGACAACUGCCUGCUGGUGCGCAACGUGGUGACCACCUGCCUGGAGCGCAUCCUCAUCGGCAAGGACGUGCAGGGCGCGGUGGGCUACGUCAAGGGCGUCAUCGCCGACCUGCUCAUGAACAAGAUCGACCUGUCGCUGCUGGUGAUCAGCAAGGGCUUGACGCAGGACGCGGACGAGUACGAGGGCAAGAUUGCGCACGUGGAGCUGGCAAAGAAGAUGCGCAAGCGCGACCCUGCCACCGCCCCGGCCGUGGGCGACCGCGUGCCCUACGUCAUCAUCAAGGCAGCCAAGGGCGCCAAGGCGUGGGAGAAGGCGGAGGACCCCAUCUACGCGCUGGAGCACUCGCUGCCCAUUGACGUGCAGCACUACCUGGAGCACCACCUCAGCCAGCCGCUGCUGCGCAUCUUCGAGCCCGUCAUGAAGAACCCCAAGGAGCUGCUCUGCGGCGACCACACGCGCUGCAUCGCAGUGUCUACGCCCAGCACGGCCGCGGGCGGCAUCAUGCGCUUCGCCAAGGUGACGAUGAGCUGCCUGGCCUGCAAGGCGCCGCUGCCGUCGGGCUGCAAGGACAGCCUGUGCGGGCACUGCAAACCGCAGGAGGCGGAGAUCUAUAGCCGCACGCUGGGCACGGUGUCGGAGCUGGAGGCGCAGUACGGCGCACUAUGGACGGCAUGCCAGCGCUGCCAGGGCUCACUGCACAUGGACGUGCUGUGCACCUCCCGUGACUGCCCCAUCUUCUACCGGCGCAAGAAGGUGCAGAAGGACCUCAACGAGGCCAUGGGGCAGCUGGACCGCUUCGACGCCACGUCGUGGUGAGAGCCUGCAGGCGAGGAGCGGCGAGGGGGUUGUACGCCCGAGCCCAUUGCAUGGGUCUCCGCGCUUUUGUAUGCCCAGGCCCAACGUAUAGCUCCCAAUGGUCAAAGGAAUCGUCGCCUGGGGGGCAGUGGGUCGGAGUGGAGCGCGGGUUGCGGAGCUCGCAGAGCAUCACAGCACGCCCAUGAUAGGGCCUAAGGCGUGGACUGAGCCAUAUGGCGCGACCGCGCUUGGCGCUGGCCGGAGCGCCGCGCGUUGGCGGUACCAUCGCUGGGUGAGUGCAGCGCUCGGCAACGGGGCGUUAGCGGUUGUGCCAGCAGGCUGCGACGCAACGUAAUACGCUUGUGCGAUGGCAGCAUUCCUUGCAUGGAGCGCUGCUAGGCGAGAGAGAGACUCAGCAUGCCCUGCGGCUUUUGCGCCUGAGCGGGCGCUCACGCAAUAGCAGCAGCCGCGACGCUUUUGAUGGCGUGUGAUCCACGUUGUUGGUUGGCAUGGCAUGGGAAUACUGGGUGUGAGCGUUUGUGUCUCCUUCGGCAUGGAUGCAUGUGUGCGGUGGUGGAUGCAUAUUGAGUACAGCUCCGGGUACGGCAUUACCGUACAUGGCCUGUAUCUUGUCAGGGGCAAUUGCACGAGUGGCCGGGCGCCGCCCUUUGUGUCACGCUUGCAUCUUCUGCGUGUAUAGGAAGCGGCAGGAUCCAUAGAUGGCAGGAUGAGCGGUUACGUCGCGGGCAGUGCAGCCACUGCGUAGGGCUUGGCAAGGAGUAUUCGUGGCAGCCGGCGCACAUGCAUUGCGUGGCUGCGAGAAGAACUUGUUGACACUGAUGGUGGCCGUAUCUGCCUGAGUCUGGGCUCCAGGGGCGUGCCCCCAGGCUUGCGCCCCCGGCACCCGCUUUACCAGCGGCACGAUACUACUCCUUAUCUGCAAAAUUGACGUACCGUAAUCAUUCACGCAAUUCGAGCUCGCGACCGCUCUAGUGAGCUAGUGGCCCUAGAGUUGGAGUCCCGAGUCCGGCUCUAUGUGUGUCACACCGGCACGCCAUCCGUAGGUUCCCUGCCGUAUUCCCCAGCCCGUGUGCAACGCCGUAUGUACCCUGGCGGUGUACAGGGGUUGCCCUGGCGGUGUACAUGGAGGCAGAACUAGUCCCUAAUGCUGCGGGUCUAAGCCCAUUUUCCAGCUGUACAAGCUGACUUGUGAUGUAGUCGAUUUUCCCAGACGGACACUACAUAUCAAACAUGCUGAUGUUAUAAAGUCAUAU